AUGCGCUGGCGUUCGGAUAUCUGGUGGCAGUUUAUCGCAGCCGCAUUCGGUCCUUUUUUGCUCCUCGUGUUUUGCAUGUUUUAUUACGACGAUUUUCAGAGCACGCCAACUGGCAAAGUCUCAAAAGCGAAAAAGGGAAAGCCAGUCCAUGUGUGUUCCGAAUGUCAAAAGGUAUACACUCGAGCUGAGCAUUUGAGGCGACAUCAGUCUUCCCACCAAGAGCCCCAGUUCGAAUGCCCAGUAUGUCAAAGACGUUUUCAUCGCAAGGAUCUACUAGAGAGGCACUACAAACGACAUGAAGAAGGAAUCGAGGAUCCUUCGGGCUCUCAAUACAUGGAGUAA